UCUGUUAUUUUUAAAAAAUAUAUCUUUAAAUCCGUUCUUUUAUCCGGUUACAUUUGUUUUGUUCGGUAGAAGAAAGCCCGAGCAGAUGUUUUCUGCAUUGUCAGCUAACUUAGUAAAGAAUUUCAUUGUAAUUUUAGUAUUUUGGUGUGAUUUAUGUCACACUAUUGGUUCUGAUUGGUUUUAUAUGUACUAAAAUGUAGGAUAGGAUUAAUAGUGUCCAUAAUUUUUGAAUUAUUUUAUCGAGAAAUUAUUUAACAUUGUAUUCUCAUAACCAUAUUAUUCAACUUAUGUUAAUUACUUUAAUCUUGAUUUUCUUCAUGUAAUUUUAUAUAUACGUAGUUAAAUAUAUGUUUACGUUUUUUUGUUUUUUUCUAUUUGUUUAGAAUAUUAAAUAGUGUAUUUUUUUUGGAUAAUCCUUUUCUACCAAUCAACAGUCAAUAUGAGGACUUAGCCAUUUGGAAUAUUCCCAUGUGUACAGUAUUAUUAGUCUCAUAGUUUCAAACUACAUAUCUCCCUCCAAGAUUCUUUCCCUUUAUUUUUUUGGCUUAUUGAUUCCCUAUAUAUAUAUCCUCAUUGUUCCAUUUAUUUUAUGUGUUUAUUGUGUUAUCUUAUACCAUACAUUACGUCCAAAAUGGAGACAAUGAGCGAUGGUGUUGACUAUGUCAAUCCCAACAAGGCUUUGAAAAAUUUUAUAGAGUUGCAAAAAAUAUCCAAAUUAUUUGAUCUUUAUGAUCUAAAAGAAGAUUGUUUUGCUUAUGUUCUCGCGUGUUACGUUGGUGUUGAAGAGGGAGUUGAUACAUGGUUUUGUGAUGAUUCUAAAACGAAAGCCAAAAGGCAUCGUUUGAUUUUCAAUGUUUCCGAUCAUAGCGAUGAACUCACUUUUGUUAUGUUUGAUGAUGUUGUUCAAUCAUUUGCUCCUCAAACUUGCAAAAUCCUUAGCUCGAUGAAUGAAUCGUCGAGUAGUUAUCCCGUUGAACUCGAUGACCUUUUUGGAGAUCCAAUGAUUUUCAAGGUCAAAAAGACCGACUACUGUGAUGCUUGUGGUUUUUUAACUAUCGAGGUUGUGGAUGUAUUCCGUGAUCCUACAUUGAUUCAUUUGUAUGCGAAUCCUGAACACCCCAUAUUCUUGGGAAAUGAAGAUGAUUUUAAUGUCUUGACUGAAUCAAGUGCGAGUAUACCACGUGGUUCGAAGCGCAAGUUGGCUCAAUUUGACGAUGAAGCGCCCAAGGGUGAAAAUGACAAGUCUGUCAAAUGCCUUAGAGAAAAUUAAGGGUCUAAUUUAUAUAAUUAGGUUUUAUAAGUUUAGUGUUUUUAACAUGUCAAUGUUAUUUUAAAUUGGCCCAAAUUGUGUAAUGUUUUCUUAAGUUUUUUGUUGUAUUUCUCUUUACAUGUUCGUCUCAAGUUGUGUGUAUCAAUAAGAAUAAUGUUUUUAUUUUAUUAGUAAUUGAAUGUUAAUGUA